AUGACAUAUGGGCAUUGCGUAUUACCGGUUGUGUGCGUUAUUCAAAGGAGGAUCGCGUUGGCGGCGCACACGCCCUUGUCAAGGAAAGUAGGUGGGACGUGGCGGAGGCGGCACACCAGCGACCAAGCUAAGGCGGCGAGGGUUUCAUUGUCUACCGGCGGCACACCGAGAAGCUUAGCCAUAGCAUGGUUAAUGGCUUGUGGAGUUUGCUCUUCAAAACCGGGGGAAUGGAAGGUGGCGACGUCGGAGGAGAAGAGACAUCGUCUUCAUGCGGAGAAGACAUGCUCGAUGGAGAAGAAAUAG